UUUCCCAUAAAAAAAAAUAUUAGUGCGGUACGAAAGUCUAAUAUCGCAUAUGAUAGCACAGAAAAUGUUGGUUCGAUAAGUGACUCAAAUUUGUGAUUGUUUUUACAAACAUUACAACUCGUUGGUGUUUAAAAUAUCAGAGAGACUAAGAUUAUACGAUGUGCUUUGUAUACCGGGAGAGUUCUUAGUUUAAAUCUAAAAACGAUAAUGGCGAGGUGAAGCUUACGUAACAGAUUCCUAGGUGUGUGAAAUCAUACCCUGAUGUCACGCACGAAUGAUGAGAUCAAUCGAAAGGAUUAAAAACUAAAGGUGCAUUGCAAGAAUAUGAACAGGACGGCAUGGGCAAUUUGAAAAUUGUCAAAGGUGGAAUCCAACUUGAAGGAAGAAGUAUGGUCAUGGGAAGUCUAUUUGCGUCUCUCAUCCGAUCCAGGGAGGGGAGGCCUUUAACUUUAGAGUCUUUCCACAAUUUUACUGUGAAUAUUAGAAAUGAAAAUGGUGUUGUUACUAAUAGUUUAUUUUUACAAAAAGAUAAAAUGGAGUGCAAAGCGCCAUCCUUCACGGUCAGUAAUCCGCGCGGGGAGACUUUGUUUUCAGUCAAUAAAGAUGAACUAACCGUUGGCGCUGAGGUUCUGAAAGUAACUGGAACUGGUGGUGCUGUAUUUGACGGCAGCAUUCAAACACCCCUUGUGAGGGCAGAUUCUAGGAAUGAACUCAGGUUGGAGUCGCCGACAAGGUAUCUGGAAGUAUUGGGACCUUUAGGAGUUGCAAUCGAAUCCAGGGCAGGCGAUAUAAGUGCUUCUAGUCUCUCAGAUCUCAAAUUGCAGUCCGUGACGGGAGCGAUACGCCUUGAUGCCAGUAAAAUAUUAAUGCCAGAGCUUCCAACAGCCAGUCCGGAACCAUUUGGAACUCCACGCCGAAGAGAAAAUUUAGGCAAAGUGUCUGAAGUUUACCAAUUAUGCAUUUGUGGGAAUGGAAAACUGUUCCUUGCUCCUUCUGAUGGUCAAUGUUCCGUAGAGUUGGAUAAUUUAGUGUGCUUGUGAAUGUAAACUAAAAAAUCUACUCAAGUAUUUGACGCCUAAAGCAAUAUUAUGUUUCCUCGCUGAAACUUAUUCUGUCCGUUUCAAUUAUAUAAAAUUAAAUUUUCUAAGAGUAUACCGGGCGAUCGUAAUCUGUAAUGCCAGUGAUCUAUGCACAUGGAGGAAAAGAGGGUUAUGUUAUUUUGUUAAUUCUUAUAUUGUUAAUGUUAAUCUCAGAAUUAAAAAGAAAUAAGUACCAAAAGUAAUUUAGUGCUUCCUCAAUUUUUUUUUAAAAAAAUUCAGGAAAAAAUUAAAUUAUAGAAAA